AUGGGAAAGAAAACCAAGCGAACAGCUGACAGUUCUUCUUCAGAGGAUGAGGAGGAGUACGUCGUGGAGAAGGUGCUAGAUAGGCGUGUGGUUAAGGGGCAAGUGGAAUAUCUACUCAAGUGGAAAGGCUUUUCUGAGGAGCACAAUACUUGGGAACCUGAGAAAAAUUUGGAUUGCCCUGAGCUAAUUUCUGAGUUUAUGAAAAAGUAUAAGAAGAUGAAGGAGGGUGAAAAUAACAAACCCAGGGAGAAGUCAGAAACUAACAAGAGGAAAUCCAGUUUCACAAACAGUACUGAUGAUAUCAAAUCCAAAAAAAAGAGAGAGCAAAGCAAUGAUAUCGCUCGGGGCUUUGAGAGAGGACUGGAACCAGAAAAGAUCAUUGGGGCGACAGAUUCCUGUGGCGAUUUAAUGUUCCUAAUGAAAUGGUGGGAACUGAGGUCCCGUGCCCCAGCGACUUGGAACAGGCUCGAACUAUCUCAGAAGCAAAGGAAAGACGUUGGUUUGAUUUAUAUUGUUGCUUAUCACUCCCCGAACUGA